UCUUCAGAAGAACUAGUCCCUGCUGGGAUGGACUCUCUCCUGCUACUGUUGCUGGCCAUUGCGGGGACUUUUGCUCAAAUAGAGGUGAUCCCAUACAUACCUCGUCUCACAGACCAGGCCUUAGAAGGGAAGAUCACUGCCAGUACCUUCGCCCUGGACCCCCCAAACUGUAUCUUCGAUUCAUUGGUCAAUACCACAGACGAAAUCUGGCUGGUUGUUGCCUUCACCAAUGCCACCAACAGCUUCAAAAACCCGACGAAUCCUCAGCAAAUCCCACCGUAUGAAAAUCUAUACAGCACGUAUGCAUAUAUGACAAUGAAAGCAACCAUCUCCCAGUACCCGUGCAACAGAGACAAAUCGGGGAGCGUGCUCCGGGUUGGCAAUGAAUCGUCUUGCAAGAAUCACAACAGCUUGACUCCCUGCAAUGGACCACUGCCCUCCCCGGGGCCUUACAGAGUGAAAUUCCUUGCUAUGGACUCCACAGGCUCCAAGGCAGAGACAAGAUGGUCUGGUCCGAUCACUCUGAACAAAGCUCAAACUUGGAAAACAGUGGACACGUGGCCCGGACGUCGCAGCGGAGACAUGAUCGUCGUCACCGUCAUCCUCUCCAUCCUCUGCGGGGUCGUCACCGCUGGCUUUGUUAGCACGGUCUGCUACGAGUGCUUCAAGCUUUGGCAGAACGGACCGCAGGAGAACGUAGAGCAGCAGCGUCAGGAUCCCUCCCAGCCGAGUCGCUAUGACACCCACCACAUCCCCCUUGCCCCACCUGGGCCCCCUCCACCCCCAAUGGACAUACCUGGUUCUCAACUCAUCUCUGCCUCUCCUUAG